AUGAACUCUUCGAGUUCUGACAUAUCACUGCCCUGCCCUCCUCCACCUCUACACGUGGCUGUAUGGGAAGGCGAUAUUAACCGCAUACGUGACCUUCUCAACUCCGUGUGUCCCGAAGGUGAAGAAUCUCGGGAUCCAGUGCAAGCGGAAAAUCUGAAAAAUCUCUUGGAACUCAAGGACAAUCGUGGGAAUUCUGCUUUGCCUUGGCCGUACGCAUCAAAUUGUGAGGGAUGGAGCUGUGCACAUGACGCAGCUCUAUGUGAUGACGAGUUCCUGUUAGCUCAAAUGUACCUUCGAGGCGAGAAACAGUUGAUCCAAUCGCUGGAAUCAAGUCAAGAGACGUUCGUACAGGCACUGGAGAAACUGCCAGAUUUUGAAGCGGAACUUUUCAUUGAGGCGCAAUCGUGGGUGCCUAUAGUCUCCAGUGUGUUGCCGUCCGACACUAUCCGGAUUUGGAAGCGAGGGACUCAGCUACGCAUCGACUCGACGUUGAAAGGGCUGGAUGGGGUCAAGUGGAAGAAAGGAACCAUGUCUCAUAUAUAUUUGGGACGAGAGAAUAGAGAGAGAGCGGGACACGCAGUGGUAAUGGACCACGAGAACAAGAAAUUUUAUGAUGUACUGGAAGCCAUGCACAACUCGUCGGUGGGGAAUAUGGACUUGGCUCUGCAUGUGUCGUUGACGACAGCCAUGUCAUCGUCUAGUUUAAAUGCUACCAAUUUGGAGUUUGUGAAGCAAAAAACGGUAAAAGCAGAAGCAAAGACGGAUGAGAGAAGAAUCGACCAAGAUGCAGAAAAGAAAUCGAGUCGUAGUCGACAGAGAAGGUGUCCGUGGGCAGGCACGACGUACAAGAUGCAGAAUUUUUCCAUAGAAGCGCAGUUUCGCCCUGUUGUAAAUCCGGACCGUAAACUGAAACAUCUUCCAACUAAUAACGACAAGCCUUUUGAGGAAGUGCAGCAGUUCGUGAAACAUCUCCAGUCUUGUGUGCCUCACGGGAAGGAUCAGAAAAAUGUCAAAGUGAAGCGCAAGCAUAGAUUUAAAGGCAAUUCCACCGAUGAGAAACUCCCGCAAACGCUACAGCUUGAAAAAGGGCGCAAAAUUGAGAUGCAUUUGGACGUGAUUGCAGGUGACACAAUUCAGUGGGAAUUUCUAUCCAAGAGCAGCGACUAUUGCUUUGAGGCCACGUACUUUCACGAUGACAAGCAACUGCCUGUGUGCCAUACAGACGGUGUCAAGAACAUGAAGAUCGUUGGAGCAUUUGAGAUCGAGCACAAUGGCAGUUUCGUAUUGAUGUGGCAGAACACGCAAGCGGGCUUCGUUUUUGACCGGAACGGGAUUAAAAUUACGUACAGCGUAGCACACGUUCGAUCAGCAGUUGGUGAACCCCCUGUAGAUACUCCCAUCGCUGCAGACCUUACCACCCAGGGUGACGUGGUAUCGUCAAACUCGUCGAUGUCGCAGGCAGAUACAAAGAAAAUGAGCAAUGGCUCCUCCAGACUCACCGACGAGCAAAAGUGCGAAAUAUUUCGUCAGCUGAAUCAUAUUCCGAAUCCCAUGACUACUACAACAGCGUUUGUGGACUACUUUAGGCUCGGUGAAGUUUCGAGUGAAUCCAAAGAAUCUCAAAAUGACAAAUAUUGUGAGUCUAAGAGGAAGAAGUCGUCGUUCUCCAAAAUAUUUGAGGACAAAAAACAACACCAUCCACAACCUUCAACAGCGUCGUCGUUAAGAGAUACUGGAGCUGACACAGCGUUCGGUAUGAAAAACACAUUCCGGAGUUUGACACUCGUGCCAGCAACGCGCCAUGUGCGCAAGGACAUUGAGGCUAAGGUAAUUAUGUCCGAGAGCUUCCCGUUUCAACUUCAGGACUUCCUCCCUGUCAUCAAGUUCGUUUCUACGACGGGCGACCAUGUCAAGAACCUCGAGGAGUUUUUUCAAAUGAAACUUCCACCAGGAUACCCUUUAUUUGAGAUUCCAAACACUUAUCGGGAAGUAUUUACCCUGGAUGAAGUGCGAUCAUAA